AUGGUAGCUCCUCAUGGAAUUUCUCAUGGCGGUAGCAGUGUAAGAGACUAUUCUUCAUCGCUUACAACUACUCAGUUCUUGCAGAAACCCUUUCAAGAAUCAAGAAACCAAGUUCAAGAGAAGGAUGAAGAUGAUGAUGAUAGUAAUAAGUUUACAGAGUCUGUUAUUACCGUUAAAGAAGUUCUUGAUGAUGAUGAUGAUGAUUCAAAUUCAAGAAUAGUAACAGUCAAAGAAGAAGAAGAUGAUUAUGAAGAGUAUAUUACUGGUGAUUUUGACGAUGAGAGGUUUAGUUUUGAUAGCAAUGUUAUCAAUGGCGGAUCAUCGUCGUCGUCUUCUCCGAGUGAUGUAGAAAAUUUGCCUAAACCAAUAGAGGGUUUGCAUGAGAAUAGUCCGCCACCUUUUUUAAAGAAAACUUACGAGAUGGUAGAGGAUCCUCGCACUGAUUUCACUAUUUCCUGGAAUAAAACUCUUAAUGGUUUUAUUGUUUGGGACCCUCUUGAAUUUUCUAAACAUCUUCUUCCUAAAUAUUUCAAGCACUGUAAUUUCUCCAGCUUCGUUCGUCAGCUCAACACCUAUGGGUUUAGAAAGAUUGAUCCAGACAGAUGGGAAUUCGCACACGAAGGGUUCCAGGGCGGUAAAAAGCAUUUGCUCAAGAGCAUUAAGAGAAGGAGUAGGCAUAGCAGUAAGCAGCAAGGAUCAAGAAUUGGCGCUACUACUGCUGGUGGUGAUUCUGCAAAACUUGAUUUGGAAGCUGAACUUGAAAAUUUGAAGAAUGAUGGAGAUUUGUUGAGAGUUGAAAUGCUCAAACUCAAACAACAUCAGGAGGAUUCGGAUAAUCGGCUCAGCAAUGUUGAACAGCGCAUUCGAUUUGCAGAGUGCAAGCAAUUGCAGAUGUUUUAUUUCCUUGCUAAAGCAUCUAAGAACCGCAACUUUAUUCGGAAUCUUAUGCAUAAGAGAAAUCAACAAAGGGAGCUAGAAGGGAGUAAUAAGUUUAUCAAGAAAAGAAGAAUGCUUUCAGGUCAAGCUCAAACCCGAGUCCCAGAAAUCUCGGCCGAUGCAAGCCGAAGUGUGGAUUGCAGAAAUCAGGCUCAGGAACAAUUGGCAACAAUGCAAACUGAACUUACUGCUCAGAUACUGAAAGAUGAAGAAGGGAUCAAUAAUCUGUUCGAGGCUCCUUUGGCUGAUGAGUUUUGCAGUGAAGAACACAAGGUGAAUGUGAUGUGUGGUACAGAUGAUCAACAGUCUGUUUAUGAUAUAAUGUCAGAGAAUUUAUUGGAUGAUAAUGUGAUUUCUGAUCAAAAUCUAAAUGAUGAAGAUCACUUGGAUAUUAAUGACUCUAAAUUUUACCUUGAAUUGGAGGACUUGAUUGGAAAGCCAAGAACUUGGAGAGGAUAUGGAACUCAUGAGGUCGUUGAGCAAGCUGGUUGUGUUUGA